AUAUAUAUAUAUAUAAAGCGUCAUUCCUGUGUGUCGUAAGGGAAACGAUCGAUUGUGCGUAGAAGAAUAGAAGAGCAGAGUGGUGCCCCAUUCAGGGACUUCCCCUGCCUUAUGCUGCCCCGUCAGUAGGGAUGGACAGCAGCAAUCAUCUCUAGGUGCAAUUGUUUGUGUACCAUGAUUUAUAUAUGUUUACAUUUAUUAUCCUUAUUCCAUGCAGUUUUUAUUGAUAGUUCAUGGAGUUAAGGGAAUGUGGAAACCUAUUGAGUGCAUGACACAAGUAGCAUUUGCAUCCUGGCUCCCUGUGAGAGUGGUUGCAUUUUUUUUUAGGACCUCCGAUGUAUCUCACUGGUAUAGAGUUGAUUGAUCGUAAUUUGACUUUAGUUCUUCAGUAUGCAAAUCAAUGUUGUCAUCGUUUAUCCCCUACUGACCCCACCUGUGGUUUAACUUAUGUAGUAAAAAAUGACAAAUUAUUAUGAUAAAAGUAGUAUUAUAUUCAACCAGAUGUGUCAAUUGAAAUUGAAACGAUGUCACAGCAACACAUCAGCCAUUGUUGGAAAUGCCACCAAUUAGAAAUAAAAAGGUAGGCCUACCGCCCAUAUUCAAAUUCAACCCGGAACAAUGCAUUUGAAGUUUUUGACCUGUAGCAGCCUAACAGCUAUGCAAUUAUUAAUUACACUGUGUGCAUGCACCAUUCAUGUUGCUGAGGAAUAAUGUCAGAGUAGCCUGGGGCAAUGGCAUGGUUACUUGCUAGCUUACAUUGCCUGUAAGCACAUAAGUUACAGCGUGUACUUAAAUAGGGUAGAACACCAAUGCUUUCUUUCCAUCUAUCCAUCAGUCAAAGAGGAGCUGUUCUUCAAUAGGCAUUACUAUAUAUAUCAUACACAAUUGGUAUCAGUCUUUAAUGUCAACAUUUAAACUUGCUCGAUGGUGAGCUCAGUGUUGGGUUAUUCUGCAGCCAGCCACCCAUCGCCCUGUUUUCUAGUUCACUGCAGUCUUUUUUUCUAAACUCAAUCUGUUCUUUCCAAUAAUAAAUGAAUGACAUCCAAAACGCCGUUCUCCCACUCUCCACCAGUGAAUGGGUCGCUUGAUUGCCAAGUUGCUCUCCUUUCCUCUUGUGGGAGUUCAACCUAGCUUUUCAGCUUUUGCUUGUGGGUGUAUCUGCCAAACUUUUGAGGAAAUAUAAUGUACAGAUGACGGCAAAAUGCUUUAAUUUAUAUUUUAUUAACCAAAAUGUGAAAGUUAUACAUUGAUUAUUUUUGGUAGGCAAAGAUUUUCAUCUUCAUAGGAAGUACAAUAUAACAAAUAUGAUAAAUGUAUUGAUAUUUAGGCCAGUGCAAGCUCUCUAAUGGAAGUCAAUGUACUGUCAAUUAAGCUAGCAAAUUGCAGCUUAAGUUGCAAAAGUAGUGGUACCGGCCCACACCUGCUACACCAUGCUGCGUGAACCUUGAAGACAAACCCGCUGUGUGUGUUUUCGAGGUUCACCCCGGCAGGCAGUCAUUAUAGUCAAAGACGCUAUCGUACACUUCAUCAAGCAUGAGGGAACUAACUGUACAUAACUUGGCCAUCAACAAAAACAUUGACAUGCCAACCUUUCAGAAACAUGUAAAGUGUGUGAUAGAGAGCAAUCGAUAAGAGAUCAAAUGUUUUUUCAGACCCUGUAGGAUUUCCAGAAUCAGAACAGGUUCAAGCUAAAUCACUGCAGCAGUGUGGUCUUUGAUGGGCUUUGUUAAACAGUGCCCGCCUUAAUGUGUCUGUACUACUAUCAAGGCAUGCAUUGCAAUCCCAUUCAGUAUAUAUUCAUAUUCUGCAAAGUUAUUGCAUGUCACACAUUUGUUAGCAGCGUUAGCAAUUAGCAGGCUUUCAAUCAUGAAAACACUGGGAUUGGGAACUACAUUGGACACCAACUUCACCUGUUUGUGUUCCCUGAAUUACACACAUUUGGCAAAAGUUGUAGCUAGUGUCGGUUAGUAAUCAUUUCAAAGGCAUGACACUGGAUUGUGCAGGGGUUGCUGGUGAAUUGAUCAUUUUUAUUUAUACUUGUUGUUUAUGUCCCCUCUCUCCCUACUCCCCCGCACAGACAAUGGCAUGUUACUGACCUGUAAGUUACUGCAGUUAGUAUUGUGUGUCCUCCAUGCUGCAGAACAAUAGCUGUACUACUGUAGUGACAAAAAUUGAAGCUUGUUAGUUUAGGUUAGUACUUUUGCCUGAACAAGGACCGGCUCAGUAGUAGGAAGUCUAUAACAUGGUGCUGGCUCUUCUUUGUUGCUACCCUAUUAAAAAAACACAUCAGGCAUUCAACAUAUCAGCUAUAUCUCAUUGCCAGAGAUCGGAUUACCAUCUCCUCAAAUGCACGCGGUAUGAAAUCAUGUUUUAUGUGGUUGUGACAUGUGUGUUUUGAUUGCUCAGUCUAUGUUAAGUACUGUUUAUAAGAGCAAGUGCAGUUAUUCACUUGUAAUUGCAUACUGGACAAAAGUAUUUUAUCUAUUCUGAGAAAGAUUUUUUGGUCCAACUAUCCUUUUACAGGCUAUUCUAACUAUUGGAAUGGGACUGAAACCCUGAAAUACAUACGAUAAAUCAACAAUAAAAGGACUCAUAAUGAAAGGGUAGAACAUGGCUCAAAAGAACAUGCACAAUUAAGACAUGGGACCAACCGCCUGCUUGAACUUACUGUCGGGAUUUCAAGGUGAGAAAAGAACAGUGUGCUCAGAAAGUUAUAUAAAAUGUGACCCAUUUUGGUGAUUGUUGAUGGCAAUAUGAACAUGUUCUAUGGGCAAUCUUUGGCAAGAGGCGAACGUGCAUUUGAAUGGCAGUGUGGAUCGGUGAACUGGAAGGGCUUUGAUCCUGUGGUGACCACACCUAGCUAGUCUUGCUGAACGGUCAUAAAGAGAUUACAUCAGCUAAUUAAAAAUACACUUUUCGAUUUGAGAAAUGAGCUUCGGGACUUGCUAGUCUAAUACUAAUAAAAUACCUUGUACAGUAUAAAUGUCAAUGUUUUCAUGGCUUUGUACAUUUAUAUUGACAGUGUGAAACAUCCACUUUGGCUUCAUUGGUUUGAGAGGAAUUUGUCCUCUAGAUAUGUUGUUCUAGGUGAUGUGCUUAAUACUUGAUUGCUUAAUGAUUGUGUUGAAAUUUGCAUUUGCAUUAUUGUUCAGAGGGUGGAUACAUAUAUAAAAGCCUAGCAUAUGAUUGUUCUUCUUAAUGUGACUGAAACUUUUAUGUUUAAAGUCCAAAGUCCAAGCAUUGUGUUUCAAUUAGAUCAAGAUGUAGACAUUCUAACCCUCAAGACCAAAGAUCGUUGUAUAAUGUAUUUGCCACCCUCAUUGAAAAGAUUAUCAGUUUGACUAUCUAUAGUUUAAUGUACCCAAGAUUGAUUAUGGUUUUGGGUAUUCAUAACAAAAUUAUAAAUAAGGAUAUACAGCAGGAGAAACUACAGCCUGUUUUUUGUCCUUCACUCAUUUGUUUAGAAUCUAAUGAUAAAGAGCCCUAUAUCAAUGCAACCUUUGGCCCAAAUCUUCAUGCACAUGCUUGUUGGAACAAAUGUGAGCACUUAAUGUCUUGGCACAACAUAGGGGCUUGGGAUCUAUUCAUAAUAAUUACCUUCUCAUAACAUCUCUAUUCAUAAUGACAAUAUCUUUAUACACACACACACACACACACACACACACGCACACACACACACACACACACACACACACACACACACACACACACACACACACACACACACACACACACACACACACACACACACACACACACACACAAAGAGAAGGCAGUACUGGCUUGUAAAUAUUUGAAUUGUCUUUUCUGUUUUUUUUUUAUUAAUCAUUACACAGAACCAUUGUAAUAGUGACAAUCUUGGUCUCAAUUUGCAAUUGAUUUACUUUGUAUUCAGAAUGUAUUGGAAACGUAAAGGACCUAUGACUGAGGUUGCUAUAAUUAUCGACAGAGAAUUUAGUCCACAAAUACUGAUUCACUGCUGUUUAUGGGUGGAUUGGGUUUCCUUUAAAUUUGAACAAACUUCCUACUGGUUAGUCCCCUCUUGUACACGCAUGUUGAGCUGUUCCCAGGCAGCCUUGUGCCUGAUUUAGCUCGGAAUGGUUGGAUAGCAACAGUGGAAUAACUUUAAGCGUCAGUUAGUCUUUGACUGGAAGUCACUCAUCUCUUCUGCGGAAUGCUACUCUAUAGGCAUGCGCUUAUGGGAGCUCUGUCCGUUUUCAAUCCCCCUUGCCAUUUUUUCCUUCUCUUCUUUUCUCAAUUUCCUUCUAUCUCUCUGCUCCUCUUUCACCUUGUAUUAAAACCAACCCCCAUUCCCUUCUACCUGGUUUCUUCAAACUAUCCGCGUCAUUGCUGACUCGCACACUUGGAGGAGGCAUGGUGAAACAUACCCGACAACCCCGCCUACAAAUCCAUCCUGUGGCCAAUGGCGAUGGGGCACAGAACUCGAUCUGGCCAAUUGCGUCGUAGCUUCCAUGAUGUUGGAUAGCAACAGACUAGGAUAGAGCAUGCUGGGGAAGGAACUAAAGGAGGGAGAGAGAGGGGAGUAGAAAAAGGCUUCGUGUGUGCGCGCUUUAGCACAAGUAAAAUAAAAUGAAUAUCAUAUACGCUGGGAAAACGACAUAAGCCAAUUCUGUGUGGUGUAGGUUAGAUAAACUUGUUGUAUAUCACAAAUUAACGAUAAUAACAAUCUAGAAUGCUUUAAUAAACCAGAUAGCUUGCACAAACUCUUCAGUUUCACCAAACCUCUAUGGUUUAGAUUCACACAUUAGAACAUCCAAUGUGAAAUAUUUGGCUAACCAAUUAUAUUCUUAUGAUAUAUUUAUAUAUAGAUACAUUUAUUUGCAACAACAACAUGUAGUAUGUAUCUUCCAUUUUGCUGUGUUGUAUGAGAAUAUUUAGUGAGCAUACAACAUUUGUUUAUUUUAUUUAAAAUAAUGUUUUGGGGGUUUUCACAAGCCAUUCUUUGUUACUUUGUACCAUAAAGCUGCGCAUUACGACCAAAUUAUGUCUAAAGACUAGUUGUUGAGUUUAUUAGAUUACUAAUCCAUAGUUGUUAUUGUUCAAUUAGAUGUGUGUGAUAUUGUACACUACGCUUGAUUUCGGCAGGUUUUGUAUUAUUGGAUGUCAACGUACGUCCGAAUAUAUGAACGAUUCUGAGUAAGUAUUUCAAUUAGACUAGUUUAAAUAAGAGCGUGACAUGUAUGUACACAUAUAAAGUUCCAAUAUAUAUAUCCUGCUGUUACUAUAAAUGGACAAUCCAGGGAAGGCCUGCAUGGGCUUAAGUAUUGUGGCCGGAGGGAAGUGUACUGACCCCCCACACUGACAUACAUUCUGCUACAAUUAUGUUAAACAAUGUCUAUCUGAGUCCAAUUGGUAAGAUACGGUGGAUCUCAUAUCUGUGAUAUCAACGCUGCAUUGUCGUGUAUGCAUGUAUUGUAUCCUAUAUGGUUUGGAAAAAAAUGUGCUUGAAGCUGCGUCAGACAUUCUAGUUCCACCCCCGACAUCAAGGAAAUGGUAUAGUCCCGAUCGCAGGGUGGGGAGCUGGGCUCUUUCUGCCAGAGCCGCCGGAUAACGGGGAAAUACGCCACGGAUAUGGGCAAGGAAUAUCAACUGAAGUCGCCCUGCGAUGCUUUUCACCUCGGAUGAUCAAAACAACACCUCGCCAUAAAAUAAGGUCCGUCGAUCGACGAAACUACCAAAGGAUUUGUGGAAAAUAAACGUCGGUCAACAGGCUGAAAGGAGAACAUCUACCGCUCGCGUUAACUUGGAAAAGCUCAGAAGGCGUCUGACGGUCAGCUCAGGAACUUCCGUUGGAUUUGACAUGUUUGAAACCGCGGUCGGGUUUUCAAACACCACUUAGUGGGUUCAGUCGGACAGGAUUCGUUUAAAGUGUGUUCCCCGCGUUGUGGAUAAAGAUAAUUAUAUUUUGUUGGACAGAAGAAAAAGGCUUGAAAAGAGUUCGAAAGUGGAUUACAGUCUUCAGAUGUUUGCCCUGUAUUUAACAUAACUCGACGGAGGAUAUCCAGGAUUUAUUUGCCAUUAUCAAUCGUAAUUCCUCCACCACCUUCUCCCAUAACGUACCGAUACGUUCGGUCGAUAACUAAUAUUCGAGCUGUGAUUGUUCCCUCUGGCUUUUUCAAAACGGUCUUUUUUGUAAUAAUGAACUUCGAAUUUUACCCAUUUUUUUUAGUUUAAUUACACUCGAAGUUGUUUUGUUCACGUGUCCCUGUCAUUUACAUAGUCAGAAUGGGGUUAGGCUAUUCUCAGGCAUUUUAUUAGAAUGCCCCCCUGUUUCCCCCCCUAUUGGCUAGCACCUAGCUAACGCAGCUGACGUCCCACACCCGCUCCGGUAAAGCAAGCCAAAACACAAGCUAUUUAACCUAAAGUGUUGGUUGUAAAGGCUUGUAUACACUGUCAGUAGUGGUGGUAGUGCUGCUUCAGUAUCGUCAUCGAAAAUAUUGCAUUGCUCUUUCUAACCCAGGUCCGUCUAGUCCUUAGUCUUUUAGAAAGUGCAGUAAUUGGACCUAUUUUUAGGGUUAGUGAUGGGGUAAAGGCAGGCGGCUUGAAAUUCUAACCCCCUCCACCUCCUCCUCUUCCACCCUUUCCACCACCCAGCUCAGCAAUCUUGACAGUAUGCUUUACUAGCACUGUGCAGUGUUAGUUUCGUGCAUGACCUAUGCCUUGAAUGACCUAUGCCUGCUGAAGCUGUUUAAAGGCUCUACUUUAACUAACCGGAAGUUACUAUUUGCCACUUAAAGUCUACCUUUCAGUCAAAACUACCUACUCUUAAAGAACCAAAACUAUAAUGGACUUUAAAAAUAUUAGAUAGCUUAAUGGCCUGCCUUAAAUUCUGCAAGGCAAUUUUUAACCAUGUAGCCCAGGUUAAACUCUUGGAUUUGUUGAAUGUCCAUGCAAGCUAAGCCUAUGGUACAGUAAAAACAGCUAGUCUUAUUGAUUUGGCUUAUAUUGGACAACUAGCAUCCACAAACGACUUGGAGAUUUAGAAACUUCCAGCAAAAAAACAAUGCAUGAAAUUAUGGAACAAAAGAAAAAAAAAGCUUAUUUAAAGAACCAAAUAUUUUAUCACCCAUAACUCCCAAUGCCCACAGAGAAAGAAUAUAUAUGGAGGAAAAGAGAUGUAUAUGUAUAGUGUUAUUCCACAAAACAGAACAGAGUUAAAUCCUUUAUAUUUUUACACUGAAAGAGACGGACAAGCUGCCUGCACGCCAGUUGGUUGCCUUAGAAACCACAAUAAUAAUAAUAAUAAUAUAAUACAACAAGCCAGAGGGGACGGUGCCUUUUGAUUGGUUGGUUGGUUUCCCACCAAUUAGCGUUCAAAUGAUCUGAUUGGAUGUAAGUUGUCGAAGUGAACUCUGGGAUUGAAAACAAUAAGUGACUCCACUCCUGCCCAUCGCACAGCAUUUGAUUGACAGUUUCCCUGCUGUGUCGACUUAACGCCAAAUAUUUCCAUGGUGAUCACGUCGUCAACAGUGGAGGAGAAGGCUACACCCUCCAGUAGGAUGGUCCAGUCAGAGCCCUGGAUUACCUCUGCACUGCUUCGAAAGAACAACCAAAGUGGAAGCAGCUCAGGAUGUCCCCCCACCACCUCCUCCUCCUCCUCCUCCGCUGCCCAGGGCUUCUCCCCUGCUGAGCCAGCCAUGACCAGCCAGCACACCCACGCACACCCCUCCUUCAGCUCCAUCCACUCCAUGGCAGAGCAGCAGCAGGCGCUGUCUGAUAUGACCAUACUCCAGCGGAGGAUCCCACCUAGUUUCAGAGACCCAGCCUGCGCUCCAUUAAGGAAACUUUCCGUUGACCUAAUUAAGACUUACAAGCACAUCAAUGAGGUGUACUAUACCAAGAAGAAGAGGCGAGCCCAGCAGGUGCCCCCAGAGGACAGCAGCACUAAGAAGGAGCGGAAAGUCUACAAUGAUGGCUAUGAUGACGACAACUACGAUUACAUUGUCAAGAAUGGCGAGAAGUGGCUGGACCGCUAUGAGAUAGACUCACUCAUCGGCAAGGGCUCCUUUGGACAGGUGGUGAAGGCAUACGACCACCAUGAGCAGGAAUGGGUGGCGAUUAAGAUCAUAAAGAAUAAGAAGGCCUUUUUAAACCAGGCACAGAUUGAGCUCCGACUGCUGGAGCUCAUGAACAAGCACGACACUGAGAUGAAAUAUUACAUAGUUCACCUGAAGCGUCACUUUAUGUUCAGAAACCAUCUAUGUUUGGUGUUUGAGUUAUUAAGUUACAACUUGUAUGAUCUCCUGAGGAACACAAACUUCAGGGGGGUGUCCCUCAACUUGACCAGGAAAUUUGCACAGCAGCUCUGCACAGCAUUAUUAUUCCUGGCCACACCAGAGCUGUCAAUCAUCCACUGCGAUCUGAAACCAGAGAAUAUCUUGUUAUGUAACCCCAAACGAUCCGCCAUCAAGAUUGUCGACUUUGGAUCCUCCUGCCAGCUUGGACAGAGGAUCUACCAGUACAUCCAGAGCAGGUUCUACCGUUCCCCAGAGGUGUUGCUAGGGAUGCCCUACGACCUGGCUAUCGACAUGUGGUCUCUUGGCUGCAUCUUGGUGGAGAUGCACACCGGAGAGCCCCUGUUCAGUGGAUCCAAUGAGGUGGACCAGAUGAAUAAGAUCGUGGAGGUGCUCGGUGUCCCUCCCAGCCACAUGCUGGACACAGCUCCUAAAGCCAGGAAGUAUUUUGACAAGCUGUCAGACGGCUUGUGGACAGUAAAAAAGAACAAGGACAUUAAGAAGGAGUAUAAACCUCCAGCCACGCGACGUCUCCAUGAGAUCCUGGGGGUGGAGACCGGAGGGCCAGGAGGCCGACGUGCCGGGGAACCAGGUCAUGCCCCAUGUGACUACUUGAAGUUUAAAGACCUGAUCCUGCGCAUGCUAGACUACGACCCGAAGAGCCGAAUCACUCCAUUCUACGCUCUGCAGCACAAUUUCUUCAAAAAGACGACAGACGAGGGAACCAACACAAGUUCAUCGACAUCCACGUCUCCUGCCAUGGACCACUCUCAUUCAACCUCCACUACAAGCUCCGUCUCUAGCUCUGGUGGCUCGAGUGGUUCCUCCAAUGACAACCGUAACUACCGCUACAGUAAUCGCUACUACAACUCUGCUGUUACUCACUCGGACUACGAGAUGACAAGCCCCCAGGCUCCCUCCCAGCAGCAGAUGCGUAUUUGGCCCAGCAGCGAGAGCGGCGGCGGCGGUGGCGGCGGUGGCGGUGGCGGCGGCGGCGGCGGCGGCCAGGAGUCCUACACUCAGCUGCUCCUCCACAAGCCGGCUGCCUCCCAGCAACACCAGCGUCACUUCCUGGACGCGCCGCACCACCCCCACCCGGUCUACACCCACCACGGCAACGGCGGGCGGGGCCUGCGGCAGGGCCAGGGGCCGACGGGCAUCGGAGGAGGCGGUGGUGGCGGCGGCGGCGGCGGCGUCGGAGGCCAGCAGGGAUCUUCCCCCCAGAUGAGUGACAGCAUGGAUGUGGGCGUGUCCCUGGGGCUUCACCACCUGGGCGGGGCGGUGUCUUCCAUGGAAGCCUCGCAGUUUGGCUCCGCCUCCUUGCCCCUAGCUCUGCCAAUCGGACUGUCUGCCUUCCGGACUCGGACAGCCUCCGGUGCCCAGGGGCCCCAAGCCCCGCCUCCUGAGGACUACUACCCCGUGUCCAACAACAAUAACCUGGCAGGGGGCGGCAGGGCGCGACCGGACUCGGACGAAGGGGCAGCCAACUCUUGAUAUACCCUCAAACACACCCUAAAGCCAUACGACUUUAACAACUACAGUAUACACAUACAAAAGUGGUAAAUAGACAUAGAGCCCCUCCACCAUACAUACACACAGACACACGGUCUCAGACACACACAUACUCAGUUCAGAGACUAAGUGGUGAACUUUGAGCUGAAGGAGAUCAUUUCUUCUACUUGAGAGGAGGAGAGAGGAGGAGGAGGCGGGGGGGGGAAAGCUUAUUUUAUUCUUUCUUUUAAGUUUUUGUCUUCUUUGAAGAGUAAGUGAGGAGCAACAGCUGUGAAUUAGAAUGGAACAAUUGAGACUGGCUUGUUUUUAUGAAUAUUGUUGUUUAAUAUUAGAUUUUUUUCUGUGGUUUGAGGAGCUGUGUGUUUUUACUUGAUUGUUCCUGCUUCUGAAGGAGG